CGCACACGCGAGCACACACAAGCAUUAGUUGCCGCGCUGGACUUGGUCACCCUGUGGGAGGAUUACGGGAUUGUGGGUGACAUCAUUCCAUUCACCAAUGAUUUCCCGCGCGCCGAUAUCAAUCAGCUCAUGACCCCCGACCUUUUGCAUCAAAUUAUCAAGGGAACUUUCUAUGACCAUCUGGUGACGUGGGUGCAUGAAUAUUUGGUGCUCGAGCAUGGAGAGAGUGAGGCCAAGAAGAUUCUUGACGAGAUCGACCGCCGCAUAGCUGCUGUGCCGCCCUUCUCGGGACUGAGGCGCUUUCCCGAGGGUCGUGACUUCAAACAAUGGACGGGUGAUGACUCAAAAGCCCUGAUGAAGGUACGGAUACCUGUCACCUGGCAUUUGCGCUUAUCUGACAAAGACUGUCCUCAGGUUUAUCUGCCUGCCAUCGCAGGUCUGGUACCCGCUGACAUAGUGCGAACAUCCUCAGCAUUCCUUGAGUUCUGCUAUCUAGUCCGACGCUCUACUCUCACAGAGCGCACACUACGAGAGGUGUCGGAUGCGCUGGGCCGCUUCCACGACUAUCGCAAGAUCUUCGAGACAACAGGAGUACGCUCUGACGGGUUCUCUUUACCCCGGCAGCACUCCCUCGAUCACUACCUGCAGCACUCCCGCAAGUUCGGGGCCCCGAAUGGCCUCUGCUCGUCCAUUACCGAAUCAAAACAUAUAAAGGCUGUCAAGGAGCCAUGGCGCCGAUCGAACCGGUUUGAAGCACUCGGACAGAUGCUUCUCACGAAUCAACGCCUCGACAAGUUAUCGGCUGCGCGCGAGGACUUCUCUGCGAGGGGCAUGCUACAUGGGACAGUGCUGACGGAAGCUUUGCAUGAGAGAGAACGCCCGGCACUGGAGGAGCUUGUCUCCCGCUUCCUGUUCGAACAGACCCACCGGGACGACCCCAACGCACCGAACGCUGAGGACGUCCCACUGGCCGACUGCCCAAUCCACACUGGGCGUGUCUACGUCGUCCACUCUGCAUCCGCCACCUUCUAUGCUCCUAGUGACCUCUCCAGUAUUGCGGGCAUGCGCCGCGAGCGUAUUCGCGCCACCCCCUCAUGGCGAUCGGGUCCCGGGCGCUAUGACUGUGUCUUUGUGAACAACAAUGACGCAGACGGAUUUCGAGGGCUGCUUGCAGCACGAGUACGCCUUUUCUUUUCCUUCACUUACGAGCAAGUCAAAUACCCUUGUGCGCUGGUUGAAUGGUUCUCCCCUGUGAGCCAGGAGCCAGAUGACGACACAGGGAUGUGGAUUGUUGAGCCAGACUUCGACGAGGAUGGUCGCCGGUCUGUUAGUGUCAUCCA